UUAUAUGGAACAACUAGGAAAUUCAGAGUGUUUCACAAAAUAGAACAUGAAUUUAUCACAAUCUUAGAAAUUGAAUUUUGUGAAAUUUGUCAUAACUCUGUAAUGGAACAAUGGAUCAUUACGCAUGUUUUAGAGCCCAUUGGAUUUCACUUACAAAAAGUAUUUUUAAUAAUUUUUUACAACCAUAAUGGUUCCUUUUUUGGGUAGUUAAAAGGUACAAAUCGAACUUGGGUCGCAUUGUUGUAGUGUUGCAAUCAUCAUCAACUUAUGAAUCGAGCUCAAACUCGAUUUCUAAGAAGUGAGUGUUUGGAUUGAAGAUUACAGAGGCCAUCUGCACAAUUCGUGGAGAUGCACUUGAUCGAUUUUGUUAUUAUUAUACUUUGGUCUGGUACUUUGGAUAGGAUUGAGGUCUUACAGAGAUCAACUGAGUUUUGUUGACAAAUAAGAAUGGGAAGGAGAGGAGGCAAAAUUUGAAGAUAGUUUUAUUGUUUUUGAAUCAAUUUGUUUCGUGGGCCUUUUCAAAAGAAUAUUGAGAAGGGAAAGAGAUCAAUGUGUUUGAGACUUUUGAAAGAUAUGUUAAGUUAUAUACAUAGAUUGAUGAGGCUUACUAUCAGGCGACACCGACGAGCAAUUCGGAUGAGCUUUAAUAUGAUAUUUUCCGAUGUCGCGGGAGACAUAAUAAUUGAUGUUGAUGGGCAACCCUUUGUAUUGCAUAAGUUUCCUCUGGUUUCCCAGAGUGGUCGAAUCCGCAAAAUUUUGUCUGAGGUCAAAGACUCUGAGAUAUCCAAACUGGAACUUCCAAAUUUUCCAGGAGGUUCCCACACGUUCGAGCUUGCUGUCAAAUUUUGCUAUGGAACGAAUUUUGAGAUCACUCCAACAAAUGUGGCUCAUAUUAGGUGUGCUGCUGAAUACCUUGAAAUGACCGAAGACUAUUCUGAAGAAAACCUAAUUCCUCGAACUGAGACCUACUUGACCGAGAUAGUAAUGCAAAGCCUGGAGAAAUCAGUUGAGGUCUUGCAUUCUUGUGAAGUCCUGCUUCCUGAGACUGAAGAGGUGAAAAUACCCUGUAGGUGCAUUGAUGCCAUUGCAGUAAAUGCUUCUAAGGAGCAGUUGGUAUCUGGGUUAUCUCGCUUGGAUUGUAACAGUGAUUCGGGUAAACUGAACCUUGGUUGCCAAGAGUGGUGGAUUGAGGACCUCUCAGUUAUAAGGAUUGAUCUUUACCAGAGAGUGAUUGUUGCCAUGAGAAAAACAGGGGUGAGGCCAGAUAGUAUUGUUUCUUCUCUUACGCACUAUGCACAGAGCUGGCUGAAGGGGCCCGGAAAACAAAAGGUUUGGGAUCCAGCACGGUUGAAAUCAGGCACUGGUUUGGCUAUGGAGAAUGACCAGAGACUAAUAUUGGAAACACUAGUGGGUCUUCUCCCAACUGAGAAAAGUGCAACAAUUCCAAUGAGUUUUCUCUUUGGGAUGCUCAGAAUGGCGAUCAUGUUAGACUCUUCUACUGCCUGCAGGCUCGAGCUCGAAAGGAGAAUUGGGUUUCAUUUAGAGAUGGUGACUCUUGAUGACCUGCUAAUCCCAUCAUUGCAGGCUGGAGACUCACUCUUCGACAUUGAUACUGUACAUCGAAUAUUGGUUAACUUUUUCCAAAGAAUUGAAGAGGAAGAAUCAGAAGAAUCGCAGUUUGGUUAUGAAUCGGAAGGGUUUGGAUCACCAAGCCAUGGUUCAGUUUUGAAGGUCGGGAAACUCAUAGAUGGGUUUCUUGCUGAAAUUGCUCCAGAUCCAUAUCUGAAACUCCAAAAAUUCAUGGCCAUUAUUGAGCUUUUGCCUGACUAUGCUCAUGUUGUUGAUGAUGGACUAUACAGAGCCGUGGAUAUAUACCUGAAGGCUCAUCCAGGGCUUACUGAGGCUGAGUGCCGGAGGCUCUGUAAGCUGGUAGACUGCCAGAAGCUCACCCCUGAUGCCUCCAACCAUGCUGCCCAGAAUGAUCGCCUCCCUGUCCACAUGGCUCUUCAGGUCCUCUACUUGGAGCAGCUUCGCAUCAAGAAUGCCCUCGCAGGUAACUUCUCCGAGAAUUUAUUCUCUCAAAGGAUAAGUAGUGGGGUGCCUAGUGCUACCAUGUCCCCUAGAGAUAACUAUGCCUCAUUGAGGAGAGAGAAUCGCGAGUUGAGGCUCGAGAUUUCAAGAAUGAGAAUGAGACUUAAUGAUUUGGAGAAAGAGCAAGCUAACAUGAAGAGAGGGAUGGAUAAGAGGUCGGCCAAUGCCCGUACCUUUCUUGGUUCUAUCUCUAAAGGGUUCGGUCGCAUGACCAUAUUCGGCCCGGCUACUAGAAGUGGGAGGAAGGGGAAGAGGGCAGGACAGGGGCAGGAUGGGAAGAGCGGGAGGAGGCGGAGGCAGUCGGUCUCAUAAGAGGAACAGGGAAAAUGAGGAAACAAGGGGACGUGGUUGCCGCCAACUGCAAUUUAUGUAAUAUGUAUCAAUAGAAAAAUAUUAGAAAAAUAGGGGGUAAUUUUUGUGAAAGUUAUGGAAAUAGCCCUUGUUUUUGAGGGAAAUAUCUAUGGGUACCCCUCACAAGGAUACGUCUAGUUUUGAAGAAAGUUGGAUCAUGGUUUCGUCUAAUUUUUGAGAAUUGAGGUGAUAGGUCGAAACUGGAAUUUUGGGAAAUGUUAGGGUGGAAAUACAGUUGUAAUUGAGACAAAUUUGUGAUGAAAGCUGACGAAAUAUUGGGUUUGUUGUA